ACAGGAAACAGUUCGAGGACAUGGAUGAUUGGCUGCGAGUUCAGUUGGAGGGGUUCCGUGCCGGCCUCUAUGUGCGGAUCGAGCUGGAUGGAGUGCCCUGUGAGCUGGUCACCAACUUUGACGCCACCUAUCCGCUCAUUGUCGGCAGUCUGCAGCCGGGCGAGGAGAAUGUCGGCUUUGUCAAGGCCAGAGUGAAAAACACCGUUGGUUCGAGAGAAUUCUGAAAACCAAUGACCCACUUAUUCUAUCAUUGGGUUGGAGAAGGUUCCAAAAAUGGCUGACU